AUGGCGCCGUCGUCGGACGAUGGCGCAGCUGCAGCUGGUCCCAGCACCAGCAGCGGCGUGGGCGCCAGCAGGCGGGACAGCAUGGAAGACCUGGAGCGCGCAGCCCUCAUCGACCGGCGAGGCAGCAAAUCCAUUUCAGGGCUCGGGCCAGGGCGGGAG